ACCGGAAAUACGUUCAUAGUCACCGCACGUGUGUUCUGCCUUGCAUCCUAUGCCUGCAACACAUAUUCGGCCUUAAGUUACUCGCUAAAGUUUAUUCUUGUAUAUUUUAACGAAAGAUGACAAAAGUAAAGAAGGAGAAAACCGCGGAAGACGAAGCCGGAGGGACGGAAAAAUCAUAUCAAGAGUUGAUAGCUAAUAUUAACCCAAUCGCAAACCCGUUAGCAUCGCGAAAACUUAGCAAAAAGCUUUACAAAUGCGUCAAGAAAGCGGCUAAAGUUAAACAGAUCCGACGAGGAGUAAAAGAAGUACAGAAGUUUAUCAACAAAGGAGAGACUGGUAUUGUUGUGUUUGCUGGAGACACUCUUCCCAUCGACGUCUACUGUCACCUACCGAUCAUGUGUGAAGACCGAAGCAUGCCGUAUGCCUAUGUGCCGUCUAAAGUCGAUUUGGGCUCGUCAGCCGGAUCCAAGCGUCCCACGUGCGUCAUCAUGAUCAAACCCCAUGAUGAGUAUAAAGAAGCGUAUGAUGAGUGUGUGGAGGAGGUCACAUCUCUGCCCAAACCAAUCUGAACUUCUCUUGUAUUUUUUUUAAAGUACAUUGACUCAAUAUAUCACAUCAGAUUAGGAUGGAGUGAUGUUUAUCAGCACAAGACUCACCCUGGUUUUUGUCUUUGUGGACUUUUUCAUCUGAAGAAGGAAGCACAAAUGUAUGAUGGCGGUUAAUGAUAUUGUGUAAAGUAAGCUUUAGUUCAUUUCACUGUGCGGUGAAUGUUCAGCCUGUUGAUUUACUGAAUAUUUGACGCUGCUGAUCUCUAAUGAUUUAUGUGUUGGUGGUUUUUAUUUACUGCUUGAUUUGAUUUCUGACCUCAGAGUUCCAAAAGAUGUCAAAAUAAACAUUUAGAUUUUUUUUUUCUACUAA